AAGUUAGCGUUCUGUAGCGCGGGUUUGCGUCUCGACUAGAGACAAAAACAUAACCUGAUCCAAUUUUUGGGCGAUUUUCUUGUAAUAAUACGAAUACAGCCAGCUUUAGUUAUGAUUAUUUAGCUGAACUAGCGGAUUAGAACAAUAUUAACGCUGGAAAUAACCGUUCGGCAUCAAAGUGUGACACUAGGAAGAUCCGGUUGACAUUUUGCCCCAAUGUCGUUUUGAAAAAAACGGCAAAAUCGUCAAAAGCAUUACAAUGUCCAACCAGCAAAAAAUAUUGUUUUGUGGGGACGUCGAGGGACAAUUUGAGGCUCUUUUCACGCGCGUUGCGCGAAUUAGCGAAAAACAGGGAAAAUUUGAUUGUCUCUUUUGCGUUGGGAAUUUUUUCGGGAUCAAUAACAAGGAGUUUGGGCCUUAUCUGAGAGGGGAAAAGAAGGUGCCAAUUGCCACGUACAUCUUGGGGCCUAACAGCCUGGACCAGGUCAAGUUUUACCCCAAAGAUGACGCGUUCGAAUUGUGCGAAAAUGUGUUCUGUUUGCGCUCAAAGGGGGUCUACAAUGACAUCAAAGGCUUCAGAAUUGCAUAUCUCAGUGGAAUUGCAGGGAAAGAAUCCAACGAUUACGAAUACACAGCCAAAGAUGUAACAGAACUGUAUGAUAUGUGCGUUAGGGGAAACCCCUGUUUCCGAGGCGUUGACGUUCUUUUGACGUCACAAUGGCCCGCCGAUGUUACCCGAAACGACCCGAAACAAGUUAAAUUAACUGUAAAUACAAGCACAGAGCUGGUAAGUUGGUUGGUUAUGAAAUUGAAGCCCCGGUACCACGUCAGCGGUCUCGAGGGGGUUUAUUACGAGCGUUCGCCCUUCAGGGCCCCCAAUUUGGGGGACCACGACACCACAAUAAAUCUAGUUACGCGAUUUGUGGGCCUGGCACGUGUGAAAAAUCCGAAGAAAGAAAAGUGGAUUUAUGCACUGGGUUUGCCUCCUUUAGACACAAUGAAGCUUCACACUUUGUUGCAAAAAACCACCGAUGAGACUGACUGUCCGUUUGAUUUUGCGGAACUAGAGCAAAAAAUUUUUAAUAAUAAAAAAAAAUCGCAAACACCGUGCCAGUAUUUCUAUGAUACGAGCGCCCCUGUCGAGGGCCAGGCCGGCCCAAGGGCAAAGAAAAUGAAGAUUGAGUUUGACCAAAGCAAGUGUUGGUUCUGCCUCGCUAGUCCGUCUGUUGAAAAACACCUGAUAAUAACAGUUGCGAGUUCCACCUAUUUGGCUUUGGCUAAAGGUGGUAUCGUUGAUGAGCACUUCCUGAUUUGUCCGAUUCAACACUACCAGAAUAGUCUUGGCCAACCGCAGGAGGUGGCUCAGGAAAUUGAGAAGUUUAAACAAGCUUUGAGGAAGUUUUAUGCGCGAAAUGGCCAAGUUCCCGUGUUCUUUGAGCGGAAUUACAAGACUUCGCACAUGCAGUUGCAGGUUGUGCCUGUCCCGAAAGAGGUCGCCAAGGAGCUGAAGGCGAGUUUCAUUGACGAGGCUGGCGCCCAUGGCCUCAAGCUGGAGUUGUUGGGUUCCAACAGCCGAUUGGACCAAGUGCUUCAGGCCAAUGUUCCGUAUUUCACUGUCGAACUGCCAGACGGUGUUGUUUUGUACACGAAAAUCAAGGGUGUUUUCCCGCUUAAUUUCGCACGAGAGGUGUUGGUGACCGCUCCAAUUCUCAACUGUCCGCUGAAAGUUGACUGGAGAAGCAGCGUUUUGGGCAAAGAUUGUGAAAAGGAACUUGUGGAGAAGUUGCGAGCUGACUUCGAACCGUUCGAUUUCACGAAUGAUUAGUGCUUGUUUUAACACAACAUUUUAUUAUUAUUUUGUUACAUUUGACAUUCUUACAAUAAAAAGGUUAAUCCAAAAAAU